AUGGCUUCUAAUUUCGGAAUACCAACACCGCCCGCUAUUGAAUCGUCAUCAUCUAAAUAUGCAUACGAUAACUCAGACAAUGAUAAACCCAAAAUAGUCACUGGUAUUUCUUCAGUUCUUGACAUGAAGUCUUCCGAACCAUCAACACCAAUAAGUCCAUCUCCCAAGGUGACCAGAAUUUCGAGGUUUCGUUAUUACUUUACAGACAAGGAAACCUUAAAUAAUUCAAUAUUUGAGAUAGCCACUGAACACAACAUCAAAAUACCCGAAGACUCCUCCUCUUAUAAGUUGACUGCUCCAACUGAUCAGAAUCUUGUCCCAUCACUUGAUUCAUCAUCAUCAGUCCAAUCAAGUUCGAACGUUUCGAGUCCAUCAGAUACAAAUACAACCGAUACGACCGAUACAACCGAGGAUGCAUCUAAAUCAGAUAAUAAUUCUAAAAAUUAUGUCAUUAACAAAAAGAAAAGAAAGGGUAUCCCUCGUAAAGCACCUGAUUUGUCAGAACUUGAACAAGAACCGGGAAUCGUUUUUAGUUUUCCAACAGUUUUCCAGGCGGGACCUCAAAAACAACAUAGGACCAUUGAAGACCGAAAUGCAUUUGCCAAUCCAAUCCCGGCAUAUCCAUAUAUUUCAAAUAACUUAACAUCAGUAUCCGCAGCACUCAUUCAUCGACCGGUGCUGCUUCCAGAUAUUGUUAGAAAGAUGACCGACGAUCGUCGUUCACAAAUGAGAUCAAGGCCAACAACACGAGCUAAGAACAAGCGUGACCAUCAAGAGCUCGAAUACUUGAAAUCAUCGGGAUUGGAGAGCAUUCGUGAUCCAACUGAUAACGCAGCACCUCUUCCAAACCAAAAUGAAGAAUCGUCGACUGGUUCACGUCGCGGUCGUACUACGAUGAGAGGAAAGACCAGUCCGACACUAGCAAAAGCUCAUGGAAAUGAUGGUAAUGAUUCUUCUUUUUUUUAUUACCAUGUUGACAAUAAACGUCGUUUCUCGGAAUCGUCUCUUUCUUCUAUGUCGACUUCCGAGUUGAGUGAAUAUGAUCUUAACAUCGAUAAUUUUGACGAUGAUGAAGAUGACCCCGAUUUUGCCCCUCCCGCGAAAAAGAGAAAGGCCGAACACGCGAUGACCAUAAAGACCGCAAACGUAAGCCCAGCCCGCGUGCACCGGCGAGAUUCAAACAAGACCAAAGUCUGUGCGAGUUGCCGAACCCGAACGACCCCAUGCUGGCGUCCAGCCUGGAGUUCCGAGCUUUUCUUGUGCAAUAGCUGUGGGUUAAGGUGA